UAUCCACCAAACACAGUACAUACUGACUUUCUCCUUUACACUAGGCUUUAAACGUUUGACUACAGAGUUAAAGUCGGUUGCAAUGGAGUCGAAACUGGGCUCAGAUGAGGAAGAGUUUGGGAACCAUCAGAAGGAACUGAGAGAAAAGGCAAAUAGGAGCAUCCGCUGGCUGACCGGCGUCCUCGCGGAAAGCGCGGAGCUCGUGAGAGACUCGAACCUGGAGCUGGAUUCGGACAGCACGGCAGAGGACUCGUGGAGCCAGCAGAAGAACAGCGACCCGGUCAAUCAGCUGAGGGCACUGCUGCAGGAGCAACAGAAGGAGAGCGGCUCUCCCACCUCACCCAAGUGGAAGUCCUUCCCACAGCAGAGGAGCUCAGAUGUGGCAGAGAACCAGUUGCCUUCCCUUCAGGAUCUUGUCCCAAUCAUCCACAACCAGUCCGAGUACAUCCAGCACCUGGAGGCUGAGGUCAAGUUCUGCAAGGAAGAGCUAGCAGGGAUGAAACACAGGGUUAGGGUGGUUGUCCUGGAGAAUGAGAAACUGCACAAAGAGCUCAAGUCCAGGACAGUGGAGGACACGCUGAAGGACUACACGAUCCUGGACACCACGGUUCAGAAGGACAGUCUAGGAUCAGCAGACGGUACUUCCAAACCUGCAAGGUCCAUAUUGUCCCCCACUGUCCCCCAACAGGAGGAGAGUCACAGAUGGCAAAAUGAACUGGCGCAGCUCAGGUUACUCCAUCAAGCCCAGACGGAGACCUUGGAAGCCCAGGUGAUGGCUCUGAGGAGGGAGCUGGUUACCACGCAGAAGGAGUAUGAGGAGGUCAAAGGUCGCCUGAGACACCAGGAGGUGGCAGCAGCGGUGACGACAACAGGAGGCACCCCUCGGGUGGGUGGGCUGUGCCUGAAAUGUGCCCAGCAUGAGGCUGUCUUGGCACAGACGCACACUAGCGCCCCCGCGCAGGCCGUGGAGCGGCUCACCAGGGAGAGGGAUGAGCUGAUGGCGGCGCUGUCCUCGCUGCGGGCCGCGCAAGCAGAGGUGAAACAGCGUGAGUGGGCCUCCUCGCAGCAAGUCAAACGGGCCAUGGAGGCGGCAGAGGAAGCCAGCCUGGAGAAGACGAUGGCACUGGUGCAGUGCGACCAGAUGCGAAAGGAGCUCACCGGGUUGCGGGAGCGUCUGGAGAAGGAGCUGGUGGCCGAGCAUGAGCGGCUUGCCCAGGCCAAGGAGGAGGCGCAGAGCGAGGCCCGGAAGGAGAAAGAGAUGCUUGCGCAGACGGUAACACACCUGUCCCAGAAGGUGGCGGACUUAGAGGGCCAGCUCGACCGGGACAUCCGGGAGCGGAGCUCUUUGUUGGCACAGCUGGAGGAGGCGCAGAGGAGGCUCACUUCCCAGCAGGAGGAGAGUAGCAGGGUGUGUGGGGAGCUGCGCUACCAGCUGACCCAGGCCCAGCUGCAGAGGGAGGAGGCAGAGCGUGAGCUCCGGGAUCAGGUUGCCAGGAACGCCCGACAGCUGGAGCAGGUGGCGCAGGAAGCAGAGAAGCUGGGCCUGGAACUCAGCGGCUGCCGGCAGCGUCUGGAGGCGGCCCAGCAGGACGCGAGCCGAGCCCGAGCCGAUGCGCUGGGCUUGACGGAGCGGCUGGACAGCACCCGGCGCCAACUGCACCUCACCAGGAAGGAGAAGGAUGCGGCCGAGCGCUGCCGGAGCGAAGAAGUGGCCUCUCUGGCAGCCCAGGCCAAGGAGCGUGAACGCGAGCUGCUGCAGAGGCUCCGGCACGAGGAGGCGCAGCACCAGCGGAGCGUGAGCAAACUGGACACUCUGCUCAGCUCCCAGAAUUCCCUCAUUGGCAAGCUGAAGGAGGAGUGCCGGGUGCUCGGGGUUCAGCUGGAGGAGGUGGCUGAGGCAAGCAGGACCCGGGUGGAGCAGCUUUCCCUGGAGAAGGAGCACUUCCAGCAGCGGGUGGAGAAGCUGCAGAGCCGCUGCCAGGAGAUGGAGGUACAGUGUGUGCAGCACGGGAGGAUGCACCAGCGCAUGAAGCAGAGGCUGCAGCAGCUGGACCAGCACUGCCAGGCCAGCGCCCAGCAGGUGAUGGAGCUCCUCAGCAGACAGAACCUGCUGGUGGAGGAGCGCCGCGUUCUCAGCGAGGAGAUGCAGAACCUCCGCGUGCAGCGUCCUGCCGCUGGGGGGCCCACGACGUGACUGGGUUCCAACGCCGAGACUCUGUUCGCCUGCUGAGAGUCGCCGUUCCCGUCCUUCUGGGUCCUGCCUCUCAUCGACCAAGGGGGCAAAGAAGUCGCAUGGGAACGUGAGAAGCCUCCCCCCCCCGUCACCAUGUGGAGCUGAUCGCCUGGCAGCUUCACGUGACCAAACACAUCCACACACCUGGUCAUCUGCACAUCACACAAUGCAAUAUUACAUUUUUUACAAAUCAUAAUAAAAAAAUUUUUUAAUGGGGGGCAUCUGUGCUUUCGGAAAUUUAUUACAAACUUUUUAAGCAGGGACUUUGUUCAGUCAAAUAUAUAAAAAGAGCAAUAGAAAUAAAAGUGCUACUAUCGGUUCAUUGCAGUUUUUUCCUUUUCAAAUGUGGACUCAAAAGUGUUUAAUUUUUUUCCCCCACAUUGUUUGCCCUUAAUGUCAGGCGACAUCCUUUGUUUCAGUAGUAUACGCUGUAAAAUCAAUGUCCUUCACAUGCAACAUCACAGCGGCCUGUAACGCCCCACCACCCCCCCCCCACCCCACCCCACCCGCCGGACUGUCGUUUUCAAUGGAAUCGGUCGCAGCGAACCAACCGCUGUUUUACAAAUGCAUAUUUAUAGUGAUUAAACAAAUGGUUAUCACAGUAAACGUUACUGAAGCCAAGCGGAACUGACUGGAUGCACCUGUGAGGAGUGAUGUGUGGAGAUGCUCUCUGGCUACAGGUACGAAUGACACGGCAGUGCUGAGCAACGUCUCACAAGCUCAACAUUUCGGUGCAACACGCACAGGCUCCCCAACCCCCCCUUUUGGUUGCAAACAACAUUACACCAAGUGAAUGAAGGUGGAGAGAUGGAUGGCCCUGCCCCCCCCACCCACUUACCCACCCAACAUGCAAGACCCCUGUAAAGCUGGAUCCAGGAAGAGAAACAAACUGUACAAUUUUCAGCCCUAAAAACACCCCUCAGAACAGUGUACCCAUUCAGCAAGAAGGUAAGAAACUGAAAUGAGCAGUGUGAGCCCCUUUCCUGUACACUUUGUCCUCACUCGGCAGGCAGUUUCAUCAACAGCGAUCCUUCCGCAUCCUGGAACGGGGGCCGCAGAGAGCAUGCGUUCUGGAAGACGGCAACAAACGGGGACAGAAAUGCAACAAACGGGGACAGAAAUGCGACAAACUUUUUCGAAGCUCCCAGCUGUGAGAAGACUGUGACUAAGGAGAUUCCGCCCAUCAGCAGGAUGACAAGGGAGGACUGAGCGCCGAUGACUGACCACAACAGGCACAAGAUGCCGGUCUUCACGACGUAACCUGCAGGCGAGAGUCCGAGCUCUGUACGCCGCAUGGAGUGACAGCAUGCGGGUCCUAUCGUGUCGCCACAGCUGGGUUCAAGAUCUGGCUCAGGGAUCAGCAACACGAUGGCCUCCAGCGUGGUAACAAUCCUCCGUUCAGAGGUGACACCAUGGCACACAACAUUUCCCAGCAACUUUCCACUAAACAGUUCAACACUUUUUCCGGAACUAUGACACUCGACACCCUCAAGGGACCCUGCCAACAACAUCAGGUCUGCAAUCCUGACUUCAACCGUUCCCGUUAUAGCAUUUCCGUGGAGAAAACUCCUCCUCCAAAAGCAGAUGCAAGCAAGUCCCCUCCUUUCAAAAACGUGCAACGGAUGCAACGCCCAAGCGGGAGCCCAUCCAGUCACAGCAUCCUUCCCAACCAACUUCCUCAUCCACCGUCUCCUGUCAGUCAGUCACACGUGGGUCCUACAAGGCCAGCCCCAUGUCCACGAGUUGUGUGGAUCAUAGUACCUACUGGCAGUACUGGGGGACACAGCAGCCCUGGUGGUGCUCCUCCAACUCCCCUGAGAACAACUUAUCCAUCCCCUCCAAUACUCGGAACAAAUGCAGCCGGGGCAACGCCAUUUCUUGUCAGGGCGAAUGGCUGCAGCGCCACACUGACAAUUACAAACGAGGCUCGAGGUUAACUGUUCUUCCGCACCCUCUCUUCGCUUAAACAUGUACGACAGGGUUCUACAUCAGAGAGGAAUUCACAUCAACAGGGGAGCGAUAAAGAAAUAGGUAAUGAAGAGCAACACCGAACUCCGAGCACACAAAGAGGCGUUCGCUCCAAAUGACACCCCCCCCCUCCUCUCCUGCCACAUGCAGACCUGCUGCUCCUGGCACUCGGGUACCGGGAGCCUCCCUCGCUGUUGGGGCUCCGCACUCCAUCGGGACGGCACCAGAUGUGAAUCGGAGAUCUUAAUCUUAGCCGUCUGCGCACUCUCGCAUUACCUUUCGCAACCGUGUCCUGCCCAAGCACUCGUGUGCCAGUACCUGGUUCUCUUCUCUCUGCUUAUUGCGGUUUAAAUCACACAUCAGCAGCAAGCAAACACCUUCCAGAGCCCAACUGCCCAUCUAGCAGCCCAAGCACUGCUGCUUCACCAUGCAUGCCCUUGGAAGGUCUUAGUCUCUAUCCCCUUAUUCACCGUGUCCUUACAGUGUUGCUCAGCUGUGUUAAAUUAAGUACCGUUUAAUGCCAUACAGCUUAUUUACACAAGUGGCAUUAUGCAGAUACAAAUGCAAAUGAUUAUUACUGCAUAAGGGGGGUAUUUUAAAGGAUGUGAGCACAGAGUACUGUGUUUCUUCCAGCAACCCUGCAGCCUCGAUGUGCCGGUGUUGUGCAGGGGGCUAAAAACACAACAGAUGGAUCAAAAGGAAACGGAAGAUCAGCGUGACCAAUCACGUCAGUCACAGAUGACCAAUCAAAAGGUGUAAAAUACUGCGGAGGAACAUUCCCCAUUUGUUACGAAUACAGGUGUUUGAGAACAUGGCCUAUGCACACUUUUGUGCGCGUGCUGAUUUCACCCUGGGCCCCUGCAUACAGACCUGCCCUGCUAUACUCUGCUCCCGGACAAAGCGCGGCGACAUCCAAACCCACAGAACGCAACCGAACGUAACGCACACCAGUUCCGUCCCCAUCGGCCUACCUCGCGCCGUCGUUCCCGCCGCUGCCCGGCAACCUCAUUCCGUCAGUCAGUCAUAAAUAUUGCCACUACUCCAUCUUCAUACUCCACAGCUUUGUCAUCCUUCCUGAUCUAAUAGCAAAGCUGCUUUGUUCAACACUGUCACACAUGCACAGCGUGAAGAGAUUCAUCACAGAGCUCAUGAGUCUCAAAACAAAGCACACGAGUUGCCUCUAGCGAAUAAUAACGGGUCCACGAGCCCACCUGCUAGAUUUAUGUUCGUUUAAAAGAGUCGUAUAAGAUCAGGCAUCUCUCAACCACACCUUCCAACACAAAUGCAACACAUCUUAUCCACAUCCGACAUCAGUCUUUCUAACACGGGCUCGAAUCGAUAGCAUGUAUCGAUUCGUCCGUAAUAACUGUCGAACCACACGGCCCUUUCAAAGGGGCUACACCCCCCAAGGUUUACUGAGAAAAGCCAUGGUGUCUGACAAGCGCUGAAAACACUCUGUUCAUUGAAAGCGGUGUUUUCAGUGCUGUGCUCAUGUGUUAACACACACAAAUGUAAUGAGACUCUGGGAUUACCAGAUGCCACAAGAAAGCAGCAGCUUUUCACUCAGUUUCCAGCUAACGCAGCCCUUUUGCUAGUGGCACCAAACCAAAAAAAAAAAAAAAAAAAAAAAAUUCACUUCAUGCUCUUUGAAAAUAUCUAAAUGACCUACAGCGAGCCAAAAUAAUAAAUAAUGAAUGAAUGAAUGAAACAGUGUUGACCGUGAAGCCCCUGAAAUGUGUGCAUUUGAUUAUUAUAAAUAAAUACUACUACGGUAACAAGAACACUUGAGCCAAGUCUUCUUGCAGGGUUCUUGCUGUGUAACAGUUUGGUAAGAAAACAAACAAAAAGUAAAAGGAUUUAAAAAACAACAACAACAACAACAACAAUGUUCAAAACUUAAAGGCCAUAGCACUGCGCCCAACUACAUUCUUAAGCCAUUUGGAGGUGCCUUUUUAAUCCAGAACAAAAGACUGGAAAAUAAUGCUAAUAGUAACAACAACAACAAACAAUAACAAUUCAUUUAGGAGAAAUAAAUAACACACAAUUUGAAGCAAUCGCUGUGUGGUCAAAAAAGAUGACAAAAAAUAAGCCACGCCGUCAUCGUAAGGACGAAAGAAGAACGUGCGGCAGUACGUACUGUACCCCUCGCGCCACUGCUCAGCUGUGACAUGUUCACACUUCCUGUGAUUGCACACGUGAGCCAGCUGGGGACCCUGGACCCCAGCGCCACCCGUGCCGAUCAGUUGCUCCCCAGCACAUACAAGAAGUAGCAUCAUCAGUAAACAAAACCCCUAAAGUUACAUUUCUCCUUCUCUGUAUUUUUUGUUUUGUUUUUGUUUUCUUUUACAUUUGUUUUCAUCAGCCACCUUGUGAUACAUUAACAUAGAAUCUGUUCUCUAGGAAUGAUAUGUCAAAGAGUGGGGGGUCGGGGGGGGGGGCAUUGCAUAUUUACAUCACCAGAGGGAGGGGAAAAAGUAUCUUCCGUGGGCCCGAUUUCUUACAUUUAUAUAAAAAUAACACCUUGUGCAGCGAGUGUGGAUCUCUCGGGCCUCGGGAGGAUACGUACCUAAGCUUCCUUUCCUUUCUCUUUGUUCUCGUCACUGAAACGUUAGCAACGGACCACGGUUCAAGCAGACCCUUGAUGCAACGGCCCGGCUGUGGCGCCACCACGGGACACAGGGUCCUUCAGCCCACGCGGCGGUGAAAUCUGGUGCCGUGCCACUGGCGCGCCCAAGCGCGGUCGCAUGUCGAGGUUUCCUGGGCACAGCUGUGGACUGUGUUAUCCACCGCUCCGUUGCACCCUUUUCAGAGGACGCUCAUCCUUAGCGCAGCACCCGAUUUCACCGAAUGGCCGCGGAAAACACACAGUCAGACACGUACCUACAAACUACACCCACGGACAGCCUACCGUUAAAAGCCUGAGGUCAAUGGUAGCGACAACAGAAGACAUUGGAGAGACAUGUACGACAACUGCCUGUAAUCCAUGAGAGAGUACGGAAUUUGACCAAAGUGUUAGCAGUGCUGUUCACCCCCCCGGUAGUCGAGGCCUAGAGGGGGCGUGACCUGUGUCUGAGUUGAGUGCAGACGCUGUGUCUGCGCAGCCUGAGUGAACCGUUUAUGGCAGUUUCGAUUUCCAAGCGUGAAAGGGCUCUUGCGCUCAGGCCUCCGACAACCCCGCGAGCUGAGCGGAAGGCCCGGCCGGAGCCCGCCGAGGAAGGCGUGAGCUGCAGCGGCAAUGUGGGCUGAAGGGCUCCUGUGAAUCACGAGCCAAGUGAUGACAACACCCCCCUUCCCCACCCACCACCACGCCUGCUUCUCAAAUGCUGAAAUGAAAACACGAGUAAGGCAGCGUUUUUGUUCUUGUUCCCUAUGAGGAAUGUGAACGACUCUCAAACAAAUGCAAACAAAAUUCUAAGUUUAAAAGAAAAAAGAAAAAAACUGUUUGCCCUGUGCAGCCAACCGUGUCGUUGAAGGGGCCUUUAAAGCGGGCCAGACCAACCUUAGCCUGACCCUACGUGCAAAAUCCCAAGUUCCGAUACAAAAAAAAAAAAAAAAA